AUGGAGAGCACAGAGAGGACCGAGAGUCCACCCACGGGGUCAGUGGGUAAUGACGAUCCUCAAAAGGAGCGAACUCACCCUCAAACCAACGGCAAAUUCCGCUUCAAAAGCAGCAGCUCUCGCUCAAAACACUCUUCACGCAAGCGCCACCACAGCCCAAGCUCGAGCAAACCCAAAGAGAGGACUCACAAGCGCCGCCCACCACACCGCACCUCAAGCCAUCUUCAAGAUAACCCAGAGCCACAACGCUCCCUCUCCCCCGGCGCCGCAUUCCGCGAGUCCCUCUUCGACGCAAUGGGCGACGACGAAGGCGCUGCAUACUGGGAAGGAGUAUACGGCCAACCAAUCCACACAUACGCAGUCCCCGAAAAAGAAGGACCGAAUGGCGAACUGGAACAGAUGGACGAAGAGGAAUACGCUGCAUACGUACGCGCACGAAUGUGGGAGCGCACGCGCGAAGGCAUGUUAGAUGCACAGGCGAAGUGGCGGGAGGAGCAGCGGAAGAAGAAAAAGCGUGAGCGUGGACGGGCAGAAGAUGCGGAGCGGAUGUCUUUUGAGAGGGCUAUGGAGGAUAGUUUGAGGCGGGGGGCUGAGCGAAAGAAGAGGAAGAGGUGGGGGGAAGCUUGGGAAUGUUAUCUUGCGCGGUGGGAGGAGAUUGGGAAGAUUGUAAAGGGGGGCGAGGAAAAGGAUGGGGAGACUGCUACUGCGUCGAAGCCGUUGCGGAAUCUACUUUUCUGGCCUGUUGAAUCUGGGAAGAGAGUUGAUGUUACUCCUGCGUCUGUGGAGGAGUUCAUGCGACAUGCGCCGGCUUCUGCGGAUUUGGGGGUUAUUUUGAAGACCGAGCGGGUGCGGUGGCAUCCCGAUAAGAUUCAGCAUCGGUAUAGUGGGCUUGGGAUUGAUGAUGUGGUUAUGCGGAGUGUGACAGAGGUGUUUCAGAUUGUGGAUCGGAUGUGGAAUGAGGAGCGAGAGCGGAAGAGUUGA